AUGGGCAACGGCCAGGGAAAGCCCGUCGACCUCAACGGCGAAGUGAACCUCAAUCACUUCCGUCUGUUGCGAGUCGUCGGCCGAGGCGCCUUUGGAAAGGUUCGAAUCGUCGAACGCAAGGACACCAAUUUGUCCUUUGCCCUCAAAUACAUUCGCAAAGAUGAAGUCGUACGAUCCGAGAGCGUCCGUAACAUCAUCCGUGAGCGCCGAAUGCUCGAAUACGUCAACCACCCUUUCAUCUGUAACUUGAGAUACAGUUUCCAGGACAUUGAAUACAUGUAUCUUGUAGUCGAUUUGAUGACGGGCGGUGAUUUGCGAUUCCACAUCUCGAGAAAGACAUUUACCGAAGAGGCGGUCAGAUUCUGGAUUGCUGAACUGGGAUGCGCCUUGCGAUACGUGCACGCCCAAAAUAUCAUCCACCGAGACAUCAAGCCCGACAACGUUCUCCUGGAUGCCGAUGGACAUGUUCAUUUGACUGAUUUUAACGUUGCUUCCGACGUGGUCAAGGGCCGCACUCUCACGAGCAAAUCCGGCACUCUGGCUUACCUCGCCCCCGAGGUGUACGCCGGGAAGGGAUACGAUGUGCGAGCAGAUUGGUGGUCACUGGGAGUCUUGUUCUACGAGUGCAUCUACAAUAAGCGACCUUUCGAGGGCGGUUCCGAAGGAUCCCUCAGCCAGCAAAUCCAGGCCGCAAACCCUAAAUAUCCGGUAACACAGCCUCCCGUUUCCCUCGCAUGCCUCUACGCAAUCGGCUCCGCCCUCGACCCGAACCGAGAAACUCGAAUGGGAUCGACAUGGGAGAGCUUCAUCAAUAACGAAUUCUUCAAAUGCUUCGAUUUCGAGCUUCUGGAGCAAAAGCGAAUCGAGCCUAUCUUUGUGCCUUCUUCCGACAAGACCAAUUUUGACGCCACGUACGACCUUGAGGAACUGCUUUUGGAAGAGGCGCCUCUCGAGGCCCGUGCAAGACGUCAGAAGCCCCGCGAGCGUCUAAAGGAAGAUGCAACUGAUAAGGAGAUCCGGGAAGAUGAGCUAUACCGCAUGAUCGAGACUGACUUCAGGCCGUUUGAUUACACGGUGGCUGCAUACAAGAGAAUUACUGAAGGCGCCACCGAGGAAGCCCAUAACCAGAACCAGAACCAGAACCAGAACAACGAGUCAGCAGAUCAGGGUCCCCAGGCUCUCACGACGGAUGAGGCCACACCCAUGCCAGCAUCCAACGGAGGUUAUCAGCAAUCACCCCUCAACCCGAGUCUCAGCAAUGAAAGCCGACAAGGCCGUCCGGUCCGGCCUGCACCGCCACCUCCAUACCAGAAUGACUUCCGGGCUCGUCACGUUCCCAUCAUUGCUGGUCAACGCGUCACAAGUCCCACGGGAGGUGUUCAGGUAACGCUUGAUGGUGGCGGUAGCUGGUCUGAGCUGGCUCGGCAGGAUGCGACGCUGCCUACCGAUGCCAACAAUGUGGCAGACGGCAAGGCUGAGGGCUCUGGCGGCAUGUUUGGAUUCCUCAAGGGCAAGAAGGGCCGCACAAACAGCCCGAAGCCAAAGGAGAGAGGUGUGUUGGGCAAGGAAGGCGCAAGAGUUGUCAUCGGCUAG